AUAAAAUGAAAAAUGGGGAUGCAACAUUAUUCCUGAAGAGUAGUUUAAAUAUACAGUACAACUAAUGUAGAAUAGAACACUCAAACAGUACAAUAAGCCUGUACUAAAAAUGCCGGAAAUCCAAACCUUGGUGUACUGUGUACUGUGCUCAAAAUCUGUGUGAAUAUAAGAUUUAUGAAUUCCCUGAACGCAGAGCCCAUAAACUAUUGAAUGCAAGUGUGAAAACAGAAUACUAACUGCUAAAUACUGCAGAGGGAACCCUGUUUAGUGAAUAUACUGACUGUAAACCCUGUCUCGUGAAUAUAUUCCUCCCCUGGAACGGAAAUCAUUAAUGUUGUCUCUGUAUGGUUCCUACUGCUAGAAUCUAGCUCUGCAAGGAUGAGUGAUAAGGUUCGGGUUGCUCUCCGGGUCCGACCCUUAAACCGGAGGGAGUUGGAGCUAGGGACUAGCUCGAUCAUAGAGAUAGAUGAGAACAGAACCGUCCUGCAUGCUCCAUCAACCAAAGACACAAGGAAGCAGCCUAAAUCCUUCACCUAUGAUCACUGUUUCAACUCCUGUGACCCUGGGAGCUAUGGCUGGGCCGGUCAGGAGGAUAUCUUCAACUGUCUGGGAAAGGAUAUUCUGGAUAAUGCGUUCAAGGGUUAUAACGCGUGUAUCCUGGCCUACGGUCAGACUGGAUCUGGGAAAUCCUUCACUAUGAUGGGAUCAAACAAGGAUCCAGGGAUUAUACCAAGAUUAUGUGAUCAUCUAUUUGAAAGGAUAGCCCUGUCCUCCGCCCCUGACCAUCAGGCUAAAGUCGAGGUCAGCUACAUGGAAGUCUAUAACGAAAAGGUUUACGACCUGCUUGAUCUGACCAGCACAAACAAGAGCGGGCUGAAGGUCAGAGAAAACAAGGUGAUGGGACCUUACGUUGAUGGACUUUCUCAGCUUGCUGUCGUCUCAUAUCAGGAGAUCAACGACCUCAUGGUUGAGGGGAAUAAAUCUAGGACGGUGGCUUCCACCAACAUGAACAAUGAGUCCAGCAGGUCUCAUGCUGUCUUCACGCUCAUACUCACAUUCACGCUCAAGGACUGUAUCAGCGGAGUAACCGGAGAGAAGGUGUCCCGGGUAUCCCUGGUGGAUCUGGCAGGAUCGGAGAGAGCGGUCAAGACCGGAGCUGUCGGAGAGAGGUUGAGAGAAGGAUCAAAUAUAAACCGUUCUCUCACAACACUUGGUCUUGUUAUAUCUAAACUAGCUGAACAGGCUGGAGACCAAGAACGGUUUGUUCCAUACAGAGACAGUGUUCUUACUUGGCUACUCAAGGAUAAUCUAGGCGGGAACUCGCGAACCGUGAUGGUUGCUACAGUUUCUCCGGCUGGAGACAGCUAUGAAGAAACUUUAUCAACACUCAGAUAUGCAGACAGGGCUAAAAAGAUCAUGAACCAUGCAGUGGUGAAUGAAGAUCCAAAUGCUCGAAUUAUCAGGGAGCUGCGUGCUGAAGUAGAGGCUCUCAAAGAUAUGCUGCUCCAUGCCGCACAGCCAGCUGUUCUGAAGGAAAAGCUCUCAGAGAAUGAGAAGCUUAUGCAGGUGAUGAGUUUAACCUGGGAGGAGAAACUACAGAACACAGAACAGAAGCAGGAGGAUAGAAGACAGGCUCUGGAAAAGAUGGGGAUAUCCGUCCAGUCUAGUGGUAUCAAGGUUGAGAAGAAUAAAUAUUUCCUGGUAAACCUGAAUGCAGAUCCCUGUCUGAAUGAACUAUUGGUUUACUAUCUCAAGGAGGAUACUACUCUUGUAGGACGUCCUGAGGCAGGUUUGCAACAAGAUAUCCAACUUAUUGGACUAGGGAUACAGGACGAGCACUGUAGGAUCUGUAGAGUCGAGAUGGAUCUCUACCUGGAGCCCCUACCCGGAGCUAGGACGUGUGUUAAUGGAGCUGAGAUUACGACAAGAACACAGCUUCUCAACGGAGAUAGAAUACUCUGGGGAUCAAACCAUUUCUUUAGAGUUAAUUGUCCUAAGGUAGCAAACAGUGAACCCACUCCAACAACUCCAUUUGACUGGAGGAUGGCCCAGGAGGAGGUUAUGCAGGCUGAGGUCGGGAAUGCUCCCAUGAGAGAGGCCAUAGCGAGGCUGGAGAGACAAUACGAGGUUGAUAAGAAGAAUGCUUUAGAAAAUCAAAGAAAAGAAUAUGAGAAACAGUUUCAGCAGUUGAAGAGUUACAUGUCUCCCUCCACACCCCUAGCUCCGUCCUUGCAAUACGAUCCGUUCAGAACCUGCAGGAUGACCCAUUCUACCAGUGUUAUCUCUAGACUGGAGAAAUGGGGGAAGGAGCAGGAUGAUUCGUUUAAACAGGGAAUCUCCAAACUGCGCGAAGCAAUUGUGAUGGCGAAUGGUUUAGUGAGAGAAGCCAAUUUUAUCUCCGCUGAGAUGGGUAAAACAACCAGUUUUAGCGUCACCUUACAGAUACCACCUCAUAAACUAACUCCGAACCGUAAACUUGGAACUUUUAUUAGUGAACCCGCAAUCCUGGUUCGGCGUAAGGACAGCGGAAACCAGAUCUGGUCAACGGAGAAACUGGAGAUGAAACUAAUUGAUAUGCGUGAGGUUUACGAGGACGUGAGACGGAACAAUGUUGGAACCAACCUUCCCGAUCCGUUCUAUGAAACCAAGGAGCAUCAUCAUCUGAUAGGAGUAGCAAAUAUAUUCCUGGAUGUGUUAUUCCAUGAUGUAAAGCUGGAUUAUCAGACUCCGAUAAUAUCCCAACAAGGGGAGGUGUGUGGUAGGCUCAGCAUAGAACUCGAGAAGACAGGAGGGUCUCUAGGGACACUCGGAGAAGGGGGAGGAGGAUCAAGAUUUAAACUAGAAGACGAGACCAACGAUAAUUAUAUAACCUGCCGAUUAAUAAUCAAGGCUGCAACAGGUCUCCCUCCCUCCCUCUCACAGUUUGUUUUCUGUCAAUAUUCCUUCCCGGGGGAGGGAGAGCUCAUUACCAUCCCACCCUCGCUCAACCCUGAUCCCAGGCUUCCCAACGGUAAACUUGAAACAUCAGUAAACUUUAAGUUUGAUCACAGUAGAGAGAUAAGUUUAUUGGUUGGAGAGGAACUACUAGAGUUAUGCAGUGAAGGAGCUUUAUCUAUAGAAGUAUACGGGCACUCGUCCUCAACCUUACUCAAUGCCUGGGAGAUGGAAGAGCAGAAAGCCAAGGCGACCUCACUAGCUGAUCGAUGGUCGGAGCUGACAAGAAAACUAAACUUUAAGAUUGAGAUCCAUGAGUUAGACGAGACGGGAGUAUAUUCUCCGGUAGAGGUGGCAGAGAACGAAGAUGUUGCAACCGGAGGAAUAUUUCAGUUAAAACAGGGACAGCAGAGAAGGUUGUUAGCUCAGGUCGAACCUAUCAUAAACUCAGGAACACUCCCUUUAAUCUGCGACUCCAUACUUAGUAUAGAGAUUGGGAGUCCUUGUGUGAGGAAUAAACUACAGAGACCUUUAGAUUCCUACCAGGAGGAGGAUUUAACCCUACUCCGGGAGAGCUGGAGUCAGCUGCUGGAUAAACGGCGGGAAUAUUUAAACUCCCAGAUCCAGAUGUACAUCAACAAGCUCGAUAAGUCGGAGCUGGAGUGUGAGAGAGAGGUUUCCCUUGUGGAUCAAUGGGUUCAUCUCACGGACGAGAGAAAUACUGUGAUUGCUCCCACCCCUGGUUCCGGGGUACCCGGAGCCCCCCAUCCCACCUCAUAUAAACCCAAACCUGGAACCGAACGACAUUUCACCGUCCUCUUCCUCGAUCUGAACGCAGACGACUUCUCCACCGGUGUUUCCGGGUCUGACAAUGAGAUCCCAGUCUACGGGAUUAACUCUAUCCUCCCUAAGGAAUUAUCCGGCAAGUUUUUCAAUCUUCCAAUAAUAGGAAAUAUGGAGGAGGGUUGCGGAGCAGUCUCCAGUUGGGAUUCAAGCAUUCACGAAUCCGUCUUUAUCAAUCGAAUAACCCGGGAGAACGAACGUGUUUAUAUAAUUGUUAAAGCUGUGGUCAGACUCUCCCAUCCUGCUCCAAUGGAUCUAGUUCUAAGGAAGCGGUUGUGUAUCUCGAUAGUUAAACGGCAGUCUAUCAAGGAAAAGAUUAAGAAGACCCUGGGUAGAUCACGUCCUCUUCAGUCUGUCAGCGUGGUUUAUGAGAUUGUAUCAAAUGUACCAAAGGCGAGUGCCGAGCUAGAAGAUCGGAAAAGUUUGGCGGUGAUCGCCGCUUCCGGAACAGAUACGGAGUCUGACAACGGAGAAACAUUCAUAGAACGAUAUACUAGAGGCGUUUCUGCCGUAGACACUAUUCUAUUCCUGGAUAGAUUACGGCAAAACGUUGUCGUGAAGGAAGCUCUGAAGUCCCAAGGUAAGGUGCAGAAGAGUAUGCGGAAGACUGUGAGUGUUCCUAAUUUCUCAAAUAUGAUGAGAAGCUCCAGCUCACAGGACAACCUCGCCGGCCUCCAGAGGAUUAAGUGUUCCAUGAGUGUUCAGGACUUUAACCAGGAGGCCGGGAGACCAGGGCGGAGGCCGAGGAUGGAGCUGGCUACGGUGCCGGAGGUUGAAGGCGGAGAGGCGGAUAAUAUUGCCAGGCCAACCUUUUUAAAUCUUGGAUCAGCCCUAAAUACAAGAUCUGAGUUGAACAAACUGUCUCCUAAUCAACCAAAUCCUAAGAAGAUUUCCAGAUUGAUUGUGCACAAUAAGGAAAACAUAGAUGGAAGAGAAGAAUUAAAAGGUACCCAGAUCCGGAGUAAAGUUACUAGUUCCCAGACCCUGGAGAGUUUAGCAGAGCUGCCCAAACCUGGACCUUGCACACCUUCUCUUAACUCUAGUGGAUACGGUUCACAGGCAGUGUCAAGCAAUACUUUAUCCAGCGAAGAUUCAUUAUCAGUCAAUUCAAUAUCCGUAGAUGAAACACCAGACCAUGAACAGGGGAUGUUAUCACUAAAUAUUCUGAAAGAACAAAGUUCUAUGCUCAGUCCUCCUGAUCUAUCCCUCGGUUCCUCUUCUCCCUGUGAGGAAACUGAUGUAACUGUAACAGAAACUACCCCCUCCUCCUCCUCUACUCCUCCACCCUGCUCAACCCUUCCCUCCUCCUCACCUACUCCAUCCUCAUCUUGUCCUAACGGUUCUAUGGACGGAAGUACGUCCUCUCUCUCCACUAGUCUAACUUCACUUGAAGCGUGUAGUUCUCCUAACCCGGAGCAGAGUCUUGAACCUAGAUGCAGUAGAAGAUCCUGUUUAGGAGAAGAUAUUCCAGGUUGGUUGAAGGUUGGAGAGAGUGUUCAAAUCCGUCCUAGCAAUCUCUCCGGUGUUGUUCAGUACCUGGGACGGACUGAGUUUGCUCCGGGUACCUGGGUAGGAGUGGAGUUGGAUACAUCACAAGGAAAAAAUGAUGGAUCUGUCAAAGGAAUCCGAUAUUUCUCCUGUCAGCCCAAAAAAGGAGUUUUUGUCAAACCUAAAAACCUGAAACUGGACAAGCGUGGAAAAGAGAUGAGAGCAAGAAGAUAAGAAUUCUCCUGGAGAUCCCCUGAAACUAGAUAUGAUUCCUGAACUAGAUUCCUGGAAAUCUUCUACCCAAAUAAAUCGUCAGAAAAUCCUGAACUAAAUAAAUCUCUAGUAAAUCUCCUGAACUAGAUAAAUCUCCUUAAAAUCUCUAAAACUAUAGACAAAUCUCCUGAAAAUUUACUAAACUAGUUAAAUUUUUGGUAAAUCUCUACAGACAAAGCAAUCCAAAAAUUUACAAAUUCAAUGAAAGAUAAAUUAAAUUACAGUCUAAUGAUCUUUUCAAAAAUUCACACAUGCAUUGAAUGUGAGAAAGUUUCUAUAAAGCAAAGUUAAUAUUCGAAGAUAAAGUGAACUUUCGCAUUUUUACAAAAAUUAUGAAAGUUCUCUGAAAAUAGAAACUUCUCGUUUAAUUGUUACUGCUUUGUCUAAAACUGAGUUAAAAAGUUAGUUUAGUUUGCUUGUGUGUCAAGUAUACGAUAAUGUGAUAACCGGCCCCUUAAAUGGCCUUAAUUUGGCCUUAUAUUGUAGAGGCAUUUUCUUUACGUGCUUCGUGUCUCAAUCCAGGGGAUCAAAGGAAAAUGGAAUGCAUGGUAAAUGGUAAUUUGCAAUAGAUUGUAGAUACUUGACAAGAUUUUUAUUUGCAAAAUCACAUUCUAUGCAUUGUUAUUGAAAACAAACUAAAAACGAUAAUUGUUAAUAGUUUAAAUCUGAUAGGAAUUUUCGCUUUUUUUGCUAAUAUUUUUUUGCAAAAGAUUUAAAGAAAAAUUUACAUGAACCCAUAUUAUAUGCCUUUUAAACUUUGUAUAAGAAAUAUUGUACAUAACAUAGAACAUAAAUAUAAAAAGUAGGGUUGAAUGUACUUAUAGAGUUCAUUGUACACUGUGCACUGUGCAGAGUAGAUGUUUUAAAGUAUAAGACUCUAAAUUUUAUAAAUGUGUGUCAUUAAAUAUCAUUGAUCUUCCCCAAGCUGUUGUACAGUUUUGGAGUACAUAUUUGUUACAAUUUCAGCGCGUAAAUGUGUACAUAAAGACCAGUUCUGCUGGAUAACUAAAGACGACUUGUCCUGUCUUAAGAUUAUUAUAAUAUUAUUGUUGUAGGGCGUCCGGCUGAAUGAAUCCCAAAUAUUCUGAGUUAUAAUAUACACAUUGGAAACAGUCUGUUCUUUAUAGAAACGUGUUAUAGAUCAAAUAUUUCGGAUUAUCUACAUCGUUACCAUAUAAUCCCCUCUGUGUAGUCUCUAUUCAACAUCUAAUCAGUCUUAUGUACAAUGUGUAUUCAUGUGAACUCACUGUAUGUACAGUAUAAAAAAUCACCGACCCCUGUACAACUGCAGAUAUGCUAACCCUAAACUCCAUCCAUGAAUACAAAAAGUUUCGUCAAAGUGUAAAAAAUAGUUUUUAAAGGAACUUUCCACAUUUGUGAAGAGUUGCUUUAAGUACUGCAAAAAAUGUAAAACCAUGCCAAAAAGUGACAAAUCAAAAUGUGAUUGUGAUUAUGUAAGCUUUGCUAAAUUUUGAUUUAUGCAAUAUAAGCCUCUAGUCUCUUUAGUCACCAUAAUAAACAUAUUUAUCUCGUUCA